CUCACUCCAUCUGAAAUGUGUUCGUGUGUGGAAUCAGAUAGGAAGGCGAAAGAGAGUUUUCCAUUUAACAUUCGAAUUACAGAAGCCAUGAGCUCCGCAGCGUCAACGAAGGGAGGGAGAGGGAAACCCAAAUCCUCAAAAUCGGUUUCCAGAUCUCAUAAGGCAGGUCUGCAAUUCCCCGUCGGAAGGAUCGCUAGAUUUCUCAAAGCUGGAAAGUAUGCCGAACGUGUUGGUGCCGGUGCGCCGGUCUAUCUAUCUGCCGUCCUUGAAUAUCUCGCUGCUGAGGUUCUUGAGCUUGCUGGAAACGCAGCAAGGGAUAACAAGAAGAAUCGUAUCGUUCCGAGGCAUAUACAGCUCGCCGUGAGAAAUGACGAGGAGUUGAGCAAGCUUCUUGGCACUGUUACCAUCGCUAACGGUGGUGUUUUGCCUAAUAUUCAUCAAACUUUGUUGCCGAAGAAGAUUGGGAAGGGGAAAGGCGAGGCUGGAUCUGCAUCACAAGAGUUUUAGUCUUUUCUUGCUUCGUCUCCUUUAUUUUCUUUCUUUAAAUGAGGAUAUUUUUUUUCUUCUAUACGAUUGGGGAUGUGAUCGUUUCUCUAGUACUGAUAAUUUUGAAACAUGUUCAUCCCUGGGAGUCCUAUUAAGGGUAGUCUUUUUUACGUUCUGUUGUGUAUAAAGGUUUCAUUCCCAAUAUUAGUGGAAAUGUUCCAUUUUCCGAUCAA